UCUUCUUCAGUUCACCAAACUCCAAUCUUUUAAAAACAGCCAUAGAAAAAGUAUUAAAAAAUAAAUAAAAAUCUUCAAGAGGGAGCUUCAUAUUAACCAACUACUACACAAAAAUUCAGUUUAGUUUUAACUUGUGGAAAUUCAGGCGGCGGGAUUUGAUUUGAUGAGCCGAAGGUGGUGAAUCGGUUUGUAGAAUAAUUGAACACGUGGAAGCAGGUCGGUUGUGGGUCGGAAAUGCCGGAGGAGGAUUUGGUGGAUAUAAAGUUCAGGCUUUAUGACGGGUCGGAUAUCGGGCCGUUUCGGUACUCGGCCACAUCCACGGUGGAUAUGCUAAAGCAAAGAAUCGUCUCUGAUUGGCCCAAAGGUAAGACAAUUAUCCCAAAGGCAGUGAAUGAAGUCAAACUGAUAAGCUCUGGUAAAAUUUUGGAGAACAGCAAGACUGUUGGUCAGUGUAAAGUACCCUUUGGUGAAGUUGGAGGUGGGGUUAUCAUAAUGCAUGUUGUAGUACAGCCAUCUCUCUCAAAAACUAAAACAGAAAAGAAGAUUGAUGAUUCACCCAGAAAGAUUGUAUGCUCAUGUUCCAUUUUAUGAAGGCAAACAUGUUAAGAGUUGGAAAAUUGUUAUGCUGGUAACAAUGUUUAGGAGCAGGAACAUCGUCUCUGGGUAUCCCUUGUGUGUUUGUUGCAAAGUCCAUCUGUACAAGUUCUUUUAAUGGAGUGAUGA